GCGAGGGAAGGCAAGGGACGGGGGCAGGGCUCAGGGCUUUGGGAUUGAUUGUUCUUGCCUUCACUCGCUCGCCACUCAGUCGCAGCUCGCACCUCUUUCACUCACCAGUCACAUGAAACCUGCCGGUCAAUGACAAGAGACGAACGAAUUCCGAUUCUCAAUCGCACUGCAAGAGCAUCAUGAUUCAUGACAUGCAAUCGACCCGGUUACAGACUUCGCGUUCGCGUUGCUAGAAAAGUAAUUUAAAGCCGAAACGCCACAUUCGCCCCAGGCACCAUCUCGGUUGCAAUUGGCUCGCGAGGAAUGGCAAUGAAACCCGCCUCGAUUUUUGGCUCUUGGAAUUCGGGUGAUGCCUCUGAAUAGUCGGGGCGGCGUGAUUCAUCCAAUAUUUGUUUGAUUCAUACGCACAGAAGAUACAGGCGAGCAGGAGGAGCAGCAGCAGAGUGUGUGGGCGACAGACAGAACCGGACCACGAUCGAAGUUAUAAAGCAACAGUUGAGCAGUAGGGGCGAGAGGAGAGGCGGUGUGUGAGGUUUCUCGGGCAGUAGUUUGUGUAGAGGGGUGCUGGAAUAGUUGACAGGUGACGUCUGUGUAUUAUAGUCCGAGAUAGAGCGGAGAGACGACAAGUGCAGCACAAGGUGCGAGAACAGAAGCUUGACGAUGACAUCAUCUGCUCUCUGUCAGGAAGACGACGACGUUCGUAAGUAAAUGAUCGAAUGGACGAAGAAUCAAUCGCUGUCCACGAGCUUUUGAGUCGAAUUUUUGCUGGCGUGGGUCGGUGGGUGGGCGGGCAGGAGGGCAAUUCGACGGUGAUGUGAGGCGCUGCAUGAUUUUCCUCGAUAGGGAGAAGAAAGAGAACUUGCUUGGCCAUCUGGUGAGUGCUGCGAUGGCAGAAAGUCCGUAAUUGAGGGCGAACCAUGCUGGUAAAUCUUGCGCAGUCUGCCGGUCAAGGAGGAUCUCGCUGCUGGCCUGUGUCGUCGAUUUAAUCUCUUGUGCUGUGGCAUGAGGAGUGGCUACAUGCACCUCGCGUUGGGAGGAAGGAUUCUGCAUGUGAGGCUCCUCAAUCCAUUAUGUUAAUUUAACAUCACCGUGUGAUCGCCUCGAACCGCAUCGACACAAUUUGAGUAUCUGGCGAUCCGUAACACCACCCAAUAUCCCAUCACAUGGGAUAUUGCUAAACCUCUUGGAAAUCUAGGGAGCUGCGCGCGAGAAGCAAGCGAAGCGAACAGCAUCUACUAUUUAAGUGAACGCCGAGUCGAUAAGUUUGUCUCGAGCAUUAUUUGAAGACGAAAUGGAUUUCAUGGAGCACAGGUUGCUGGACAGGAAAGCGGCGAGCGUUGGCUCUGGUAUGGGCAGCCGAGAAUCCUUAGCCGAAAAGCCGUGCCCGCACUCCUUCAACAUCGAAUUUCGGAGCACGAUCUCUCUGUGUGUAGGAAUUCUCUUCGUGUCCAUUUUCGUCUUCUGCACUCUGGAUCCCGGCAAAGUCCUGGAGCAACAGACGGGUCGGAACCCCAACAUCGGACUGCGCUUCGCGCCGAGCUUCUCGUUCGGGUCCAGGUUCCUGCAGAGCAAAUCUGUCGAGCCCACAUUGCCAGCGGCGGAUGGCUCGCUGGAGCCUGCGAUGCAGGGCAUGGGAACUCUGUUCAGGAAAGGUAGCCAGGACAUGAGCGAGCUCAUCGUUGCGCAUGCCAGCGAGAACAUGAGCUCCACGGACUUCCGGUUGUUUCUUAGAACCUUGCACCGCAGCGGAGCGACGGCCAAGGCCGAUGUGAUUCUGCUCUAUGACUGUCUCUCGGCUCGGAUGAUGGGCAUUAUGCAGGAGGAAGAGAUGAGCUUUCAGAGACUGUUGGCCGAGAGCGAAGGACUGAUAGGAUUGGCAGCAGGAGCUGCCGCAGAGCCUGCGAAUUCGUCGGUUGGGGCGUUCAACAUCGGCGCAUUUUGGAAACCUGACGACAGAUCGCCGCGGGAAGUGGUGUCCAUGAUCGAAGAGAGCGACAACGCCACUCUGCCUCGAUGGGGCUCGAUGAUCGGCUUCGAAAUGCAGGAGCUCGACCCGGACAACGCUCUCAAAGGAUUUCUGGACAUGCCAUCAAUGCAGUUGCGCCGAUGGCUGGGCUAUCAGAUGCUGCUGGGAGUGGUGAAGGCGAAAUACAAGCAUGUGAUGCUGACGGAGAUAGAAGGCGUGAUGAUAAUCGGCGACGCUCUGUCUGCCGUGAGGCGGAAACAACACAUUUAUCUGUCGACGGAGGAUCGGCUAUGGAGCGACGUGGAAAAGGUCGAGAAGGCAGGUACCGGCAAUGUCAGAAGUCGGAAAAUUUUGCUCGAGGUCGAGGAUAGCGACGACAAUGCGCAGGAGGACGUCCAAGAUUCCGCAGCACGUGGUGCUGCUGCGGCUGCGGAGGCCAACAAUGCAAAAGGCGGCAAGAAGGUGGAGGCAGUAGAGUCCGGAGGCGGAGUAGGAGCUCAGAAAGAAACAGGGGACAAGAAAUUAAUGCCAGAAGACUUGGGCAAGAGGAAGGUAAAGAAGCCAGAGGCCAGGCGGAAGAAUUCGAGGAGGGGACGAGGGUCGCGAGGCGGGCAGCCGCUGCAGGAGAAGGCCAAAGGUUUAAUUGAGACCAUUUAUGGAAGGGAUGUCUGGAAUUCUCUAGAAAAAUUCGAAAAGUCGAGGAAUGUCGUCAGCAGCGGAGUGAUUAUUGGGGAGGUGAAAUUGAUGAGACCGCUGGCGAACAAAAUGGCCACGGAAAUCGUCAGGGUCGCUUUGGAAAGGCAGGAUCGGCAGCCUUUCCACGACAAGGCCAUUCUGAACUACCUCGUCUGCAAGUCGUCUGUGCUCGGCCGGAGGACGCUGGAUCGCUUACGGCUCGUGGGCAACAAGGACUCCGUUGUGCACUCGUUGCGAGGCACCAAGCAGAAGAACGUUUUCUGGAGAGGCAAAACUGUGAGGUAUUCCGUCGUGCAUGGCUACAGAGACGAGAUUCACGAGAAGGGCACCGCCGACAGCCUGCAAAGAGCCGUCCAAAGUGACAUUUGUAAGUCGAGCUUUUCCAGUGUGUACGUGGACUGCACACCGGAUUCCAACGAGACGAGGAGUAGCUUGUGAAGUAGUCAGUGUUGCUAUCGUACAAUUAGACAGCGGUUCAGCGUAGGAGUGUCUAGAAGCACAACAAGGUACAUAGAUCAAUUGAUGACGGUGGUGGUAGCGGCCGAGCAAGUCUGUGCUCUGUCAAGCUGUGAAUGCGCACCGGAGGCAUCACAUCGGGCUCCUUCUGCCCUCGUGCCUCCACUCUUAAACUCCCACUUCAUUCUGAAUGCCGGGAAAAAACGUCACGAUUAAUUCAACUUUAGUGAAAUUUUUUUAUUCUUGUACGAGAAACGUAAAAUCAGUCUUCUCAUCGAUUUGAUUCAUGUUUCUACUUGUAUACGAAAGCAGGUAGUAUUGGUCGACCAUUAUGAGCUGAAAGUAAGACAAAGCGGUCUUUGACGACUAUGAUUUUGUGACUACUAUGACGUGACGAGGUGGAAGGUUGCUUCAUUCUUCCCAUCCUCAUGUUCACUUAUAAAGUUCCUAUGGACGAAAAGAUUGGAGAGCACAAGAGCAAUAUCAGAUUUCUCGUUGCUUUAUUAUGAGUAGGAUGUCUCACUUGCACUUGGGCAAUCAAGUGCCCGAUUAUUUCUGUGAAGUAUCCACAUGAAUUGGUAGAGAUGUAAGCGGCAAGCUUGUUACGCUUUUGAUUAGAUCCAAUCGAGAGAAUAACAUUAGGAUACGAGGAGAACUUAUCUACUCAUGAAGAGGCGAAGUGCCUACCAAAUUGCAACCUACUUAAUGCAGUGGAAGGCGAAGUGUCAGUGUGGGAAGUACUUUUUGACCGACGGACUUCGCCCUACUACAGACUAGAAGUAGAAGGCGCGGCAGGAGUACAAUCGGCACCGGUGACUGGGUGGAGGAUGAUUGCAACGACACGAUUGGAGUAGCUGGAGCUGCAUCGACGACAAUUAUUUAGAUAUCACCUUAAGUACAUCGAACUGAGCUCGUUGUCAACGCUGAAGCCUACCCAGGACUUGGAAGGGGCCUUCCCAUACCUUUGGCUAGAGUACUUAUCUCCAUAUCGAGGAC